GGCAGCCUUCCCAGCUCAGGGCAGAGCAGGUAGAGGGACGGAGGGGACGCAGCCUCUCGCCCGGCCGGGGAGAUGGAGUGGCUGAGCCAGCGAUGCCCGCUGCUGCCCGCUGCCCAGGGCUGCCCCCGGCCGGGCCGUGGCACCCUGCUGCUGGUGGUGACUCUGUCUUUGCUGAUGUACCCGGUGCUGAGGAGUCUCGCUCUUCAGCUGCACUCUGCCGUCACCGGCAGCUACGUCUCUGGGACCCACUCCAUUGCCUUCAUCAACUGUCUCAACGAGCAGAUUGCCAAGGACAUUGCAAGGGCCAUCAUGGAUAAGAAGCUGGCUGCCUACGUGAACAUCCUGCCGAAGAGCUCGGCCUUGUACUUCUGGAAAGGGGAACUGGAAGAAUCCACUGAAAUACUGCUGUUAGUGAAAACGAGGACAUCCAAAAUAGCCGAAUUGUCCAACUACGUCAGAUCCAUCCAUCCCUUUGAAAUUCCUGAAAUCAUCAGCCUGCCUAUUGACCAAGGAAACCCUCUCUAUCUCAAAUGGAUAGAGGAAAGCGUCCCACAGGACUAACUGAAAAGCACAAAAAGCACCUCACUUUUAGGGAGACCAGGUGAAACGUGCUGAGCCGUGCCGGUCUCCCUGUGCGGGCAGGAGUUUUGCACACGGGGGGAAGCAGCUUAGGUCUUCACGGGUUUGCUAUAACACAGAAGCUUGGGACUGGGAACUGUGUGUGCACUCCAGACGUCCCCUUCUCGGCCUGACCCUGUGCUCAGGGAGAUGCAGCCUGGAGAUGGCAGAGGCCAAAGUGGGGAAGGGCUACGUGCACCAAGGGCUGCUGCAGCAUUGCAGAUGAGGGUACACAGAGAUGCUCAUGGUCAGGACACUGCAGCAUCUGGGGGCUGUCUCAGGCCUCCAGCAGCCAGUGCAAGGUGGUAGCCAUGGCCUGGCAGCCCCUCCAGUGCCGUGCAUCCCUGCAGCCAGUGCCUGAAACCCCGCCUGGCCCCCCUGCUCCCCCGCAGCAGCUGUCGCAGCAUCCUGCCCCGCUCUGCCUCCUGCUUCCCCAGCGCGGAGGCAGCAGGAUGUGGCCGGGCACCCGGCGAUGCGCCAGCUCACACCCUCUCCUGCUGUCAUGCGACAUAUGUUGGUUUGAGUGGUACAAAAUCCAAGGAAACAGCAAACUUGAGCAGACACCGCAAGCAUUUACCAGGAGCCGCAAGCAGCGCACACACUGACCCUGCCAAGCCGCAGAGAGCCGGGCAAUAUCCACUGCCAGUUCAGGAAAACCGUGUGCCAUCAGGAGCAGGGCAUCGCCCGGCUGCGGGGCAGCACAGUCCCAGCCCUGCAUCCCCUACCCACGCCUGAAUGGUGGCUUUCUACCUGAGACAAGUUUAACCUUGUAAAAAGAUGCUCGUGUUAAUAGUUUAAUGGGGUGUUACCUAUGGAACAAUACCGAGUUAUUUAUGUGACUGGGAAGGGAAUAAACAGGAGCGUUUCUUACCUGGG